GUCACUGAAUCUUCAUCAAAAAUGGCAAAAGUGCAACUGCUGCUAGUACUAAAUUUAUUCUUAAUUUCGUUAUCUGAAACUAAUCAUUCUGUUACUAAACGUUCUUUGUUAUUUCCUCGCGCCACUGUUUUACAGUUUACUUACGGAAUAUCUGCUCCUGCAAUUCUCCCUUCAAGAUCGAUUAAUUUGAGCUUAUGUUUCCAAGUGAAUUAUGAUCUUCCUUACAACAUUUCUAAUUUUCGACCGAAAAUUAUACAAGCCAAAGCCAAUGACCAUUUUGAUUUGAGUCGGGGAACGUUUUAUAAAUAUAUAAUAAAAUUCCUCAAUAAUUUUGGUAUAGAGGGGAAGGAAUGUCUUUAUCGGUUGAUAUGUGAAAUGGCAGAAUAUCCGAUGCAUUUAGAUCACUCUGAGAAUCUUUUAGAAAAAAUUGUACAUUUUGUGUUUACUCCAUCUUUGGAACUCUCAAGCAACUCAACGGAAAAGUUUAGCAGUAAGUUGUUGGAGGCUGAAAAUUUAGGAAAAAUUAAUGGGAACUGUCAUAAAACAUACUCGAAGUGUUUUGUUCCUCUUCUAAGCCUAUUUACUGCAAAAUAUAUUAUAUAAAAUAAGCAAUUGUUUAUUAAAACACCAAAGAGACCAAAAAAGUCAGAUAAACAAGGAUUAUUUUAAGAAAUAGAAAUAGGCCCAUAUCUACUUUCCCAUGUCAAUACAGGAUGUGUCCAAAACACGCGCCCUAGAGAAAAAUUUCAAGUAAGAUAAGAU